AUGGUGUCCCUGAUUCAAUCCAGACCGAUUUGCACUAUUCUGCAGUGGAGGAUAAAAAAAUUACAUGGCAACUCUAAUCCAGGACUCGAUCCAGGGCGCAUUCCCGAUUCGUUCCUCGUUGUUUUUGCGGCUAGGCUCACUAAUGGCUACAGGUUUAGCGAGAGCACCCGAGUUGUCCUACCCAAGACUGGUCUGCUCAAAAACAUUGAUGAAUCUUAA